ACCGUAGGAAGGAGAGGGCGAGAGGAGGGGUUUAAAGCCAUACAGAUGUGACGAGGAACUAAGUGAAUGUAAAGGGAAGUUUCACAAGACCCACAGUGACUGACUGACUGACUGUAACGUUUUCGCAACAGACAAACAGUCCCGCUUUUUUUCACAAAAGGGAAAUAAACCAUUUGCCAUAGAUAUCAUUAUUUCAGGGAUUAGCGUCUGAAGUGGCACCAUCGGUGACACCUGGACGCAGCUGUCAGUGCGCACACUGGGGAGCACGAGGAGGGGUCACACGCGUCCACCGACAGGCCGCACGAGGGGAAACAGCUGAAAGAGGGAGAGUGAGUGACCGAGAGAGAUCGAGAGAGCAGCGAUGGCUCCUUCUCUGGCACAGGCCUAUCGUAGGCGCUGGUGGAUGGCGGUGACUGCGGUCAUAGAGAACCUGCUGUUCUCUGCUGUGCUGCUGGGCUGGGGAUCGCUACUCAUCAUGCUCAAGAACGAGGGCUUCUACUCACACCUCUGCAUAAACAAUGAGACAGUGUUCAGUAACAUCAGUUCGUGGGAAAGUGGUAUCUGGCAUAGCUGCGUGGACCAGGAAGAGAUGUUGAAUCUGGGCUUUACCAUUGGCUCCUUCCUGCUGAGUGCAGCCACUCUGCCGCUAGGUAUCCUGAUGGACAAGUACGGGCCCCGCCCACUCCGCCUCCUUGGCAGUGCGUGUUUUGCUUUCUCUUGUGCCAUGAUAGCUGCAGCUGCCUAUAACCCUGAAGUACUCUCGGCCCUCAUCUUCAUCGCAGUCUCCUUCAACGGCUUUGGAGGAAUCUGCCUCACCUUCACCUCCCUCACGUUACCCAACAUGUUUGGGAACGUGCGCUCCACCAUCCUGUCUCUAAUGAUCGGCUCCUACGCCUCUUCAGCCGUCACCUUCCCUGGAGUCAAGUUGAUCUAUGAUCUAGGCGUGUCCUUCAGGGUGAUCAUGUGGGUGUGGUCGGGGCUAGCCGGUCUUGUCUUCCUCAACUGCUUCCUUAAUUGGCCGGUGGAGGCUUUCCCCGCACCCGAGGAGAUCAGCUACACUAAGGAGCUGAAGCUGAGUAGCGUGGUGAUGGAUGACAAGACGACGGGGGACAGAUUCUACAGUCAUGUGACCACGGUGGUAGAAAAGAUGGCUCCGAAGCAGCAGGAGCCAGAUCCUUCGCCAGAGAAGCUCCCACCUGGACAACAGACACAGGGUGGUCCUCCGUUCCGUAGUUCAGUCUGCUCGCCCAUCUUCUUGUGGAGUCUCAUCACCAUGGCGAUGACCCAGCUGCGCAUCAUCUUCUUUAUGGGUGCCAUGAACAAGAUGCUGGAGUUCCUGGUUACCCAUGGCGACCCACACCCCUCUAAGGAUCUAUUGAUGGAGGCAGAGCAACAAGUGGGUUUCUACUCGUCAGUGUUUGGCUCCCUGCAGCUGCUCUGCCUCCUCACCUGUCCUCUGAUUGGCUACAUCAUGGACUGGAGGAUGAAGGAGUGCGACGUGGACCAGAGCCAACCUGAACCCCCAAAGAGAGACAGGAAGAUCCAGAAACUGACCAAUGCCAUCCGCGCUUUCAUCAUCACCAACGUUCUACUGGUCCUCUUCGGAGUCAUCCAGAUGAUAGACAACCUGCCUGUACAGAUAGUUUCCUUCAUCGUCCACACCAUGGUCAGAGGUUUCGUCCACUCCUGUGCUGGAGGACUCUAUGCUGCUGUAUAUCCGUCCAAUCACUUUGGGACGUUGACGGGGAUGCAGUCGAUGAUGAGCGCGCUGUUCGCUCUCCUCCAGCAGCCUCUCUUCGUCAUCAUGGUGGGACACCUUGGAGGAGACCCCUACUGGAUCAACCUGAGCUUGCUCAUCGCCUCAUUGGCUGGAUUCCUGUUGCCAGGAUACCUGAUCUAUCACCGUAGGAACCUGAUGCGAGAGAAGGUGGAGGAGCGUGAGAGGGAGGCCGCCAACCAACCAGAAAGAGAGAGCGAAACCUUACGGCAAUCAGAAAAUGGCCAUACCAAAAACCAUACUAAUGGACAUCUCAGCAAUUAAGCUUAUGAAUCUUGACCAAACUGUCAAAUAUCAUAGUCGGUAAUUGUAAAAUAUCAUUAUAGACCAUCGUCAUGACAAUGAUGGUUGUCAUUUCCGACAAGGACAGUGAUGACGAUGUUGUGCACUGGAGUUUGGACUUGGGUCCAUAUCGCCCUUAAGCCUUUUUAAUUUGACAUCAAAAUACACGCUAAAUAUACUCAUUAAUGUUUUAGGUAUGACAUGCCAAAGAAAUCCUAAAAUAUACAUUUAACAAAUAUUUAUUUUUGUUAAAAACAUAAUUUCAUGCCAAAACGUGAUAUGGAAAUCUCAAUGGAAAUCGAGGUUUGGCAAAUCAAUAACUAAGCAAUAAUAUUUACGCUGACCAAAACUUCCAUGAAGGUUAUUGGUACCAUUUCAGGUCACUCUUCCACCAACCAGAAGCACAGCUCUCAGUAUUCUGUAGUAGACAGGAAGUUGAUCUCUUUCGCUAUCAGAUUUGUUGGUGUAACAUUGAACUACCUCCCCCACCCAACUCUCACCACACCACAGUCACUUCAUUCAUUUACGCCUAGCAGCCAGUCUGGUAGUAAUAUUUUAUUGGUCAGUGUUUGUUUGUCUUUCUGUCUUUCCCAGUUCCCUCCCUGUAUCUAUACUUGUCUUUAUUGUGUCUUUACAUCCAGUGGAGAAUACAGAUUAGGAGGAGACAAAGUGGGAAGGGUUGAGAAGGGGAUAGAACCUCAGUUUCCCCAUCCAUUUACCUAGACCACCAGACUAUCGGGCCUGCACAUCCCUGUUACUUAGACUAUCAAUCUGCACCCGUGUCCCCUUCUUCAUGUCGAUGUCAGACCUGUCAUUGUAAAGUACUAUGCCCACUUGGUCAAGUCUGCGGCUAUGUCUGAAAUGGCACCCUAUUCCCUAUAUAGUGCACUACUUUUGACCAGGGCCCAUAGGGUACAUUUUCGGACACACCCUGGGUCACUACCGCUAUGUCCCUGUGUUCAUCCCAGAGUUAGUAUUUGAAUGUCUCUGUGCAUCACAAUGUGUCCACCUGAAAUGUGGGUUGAGGCCCGAAUGGCACCCUAUUCCCUAUUAAGUGCACUACUUUUGACCAGGGCUCAUAGGGUCUGUUUGUUUGGUCAGACAUUGAUGGUCCCUCUGUUUUGCGACAUUUGCUCUUUAGGGGCUGCAUCCCAAAUGGCACCCUAUUUCCUAUAUAGUGCACUACUUUUGACCAGAACCCUACAGCCAAUCAUAGCUAAAUGUCAGGACAUUGGUACGGUGUGUGAGGUGUUGUGCAGGCACAGCCUAGUUUGUAACAAAAUUGAUGAAAUUUUGAUUUUAGAGAAUCAUGUUAUUGAACUUGUUGCAUAUCAUGAAAUUGGAAUGUGAAAUGUCUGUGUAGUUAUAUAGAAAUGCCAAUCAGUACCUGUCACCGAAACCUUUAAGGUGAGCUAUUACACGUGAGCUUUUACGGAGAGCUGUAGAUUAUUUUUACAAAAAAGUAUUUAUUUGUAUAAACGUGGGUAAGAAAGAGCACUUGUCAAAAGCUGAUUCAAUCUGGUCAACCAACCAACCAACCAUCUUGAAAUUUUAAACAGUAUUUACAGUUAACAUUUCUGUAUGAGAUAAAAUAGAUGUACAGAUGUGUUGCUCAAAUCAACUCCAAAAGCUGGUUGAAUCUGAUCAUAAAACGGUCUUCAAUAUUUAAAAACAAUACAUGAUUUACAGUUAACAGUACUGUAUGAGGUCAAAUACAACAGUAUUUACAGUUAACAGUACUCUAUUUGGUUAAAUAAAACAGUGUUAGUUAACAGUACUGUAUGAGGUCAAAUAUAACAAACAGUACUACUAGUUAACAGUACUGUAUGAGGUAAGAUGGAUGCACCUGAACCCCAAUAUCACUGUCCCCAUGACAACGACAGUAGAACCACCUCAUUGGAGCAGGGCUUCAUUUAGCAGGUGCAUUGUGGCUGCUAGGCUAUUUAUUUACGGUGCAUCCCAAAUUGCACUCUAUUCCCUUUAUAGUGCACUACUUUUGACCAGAGCCCCCAUAGGGCUCUGAUCAAAAGUAGUGCACUAUGUAGGGUAUGGGGUGCCAUUUGUGAUGGAGACAUAGUGUGUUUGACGUAAUAGCGCUUGAAUCUGAAAGAUAAUACUGUAAUGUUUGUAAUAAUGAAUUGAAUUAUUCAUAAAGUAAAUGUGUGUGCUUUAUUGUAAGUGCCUGGGAAGCAAGUCUUUUUUCUUGCUAGCCCGGUCCCAGAUCUGUUUGUGCACUUACCAACUCCAUUGCUCAUUGUCAAGCCAAACGUGGCAUGGCAAUAAGUGAAAAGAAGUUGACAUGAUAGCACAAACAGACUGACACUCUGGCUGCUUUUGUUCCCAUUCCCACAAAGAGUAAUGUAGCGGUAUGUAUAGUACCGUACCUAUAGUGCCUGAAUUGCACUAUGAGAAUAUAAAGCCAUAGUUUUGCUACAUAUGCGUGUUGGAAGUUUUCUCAUCUUUUUAAGACUUGAGAGUUGCUUUGCUAUUUAUUUUAUUUGAGCAUCCGAAAAAGAACAGUUGGUUCAUCCACAUCACAGUUGCUCGCCAACUAUGCCUCUCAGAGUAGGAGUGGUGAUCUAGGAUCAGUUUUGCCUUUUAGAUCAUUAUAAAUUAGAUAACAUGGACAGGGGAGGAUCUGAUCCUAGAUCAGUACUCCUGCUCUGAGAUGCUUUAUGAAUACAGUACAUGUGGCAACUGUCACAUACUUCCACCUCUGUGUUUGAGAACAUUCAUUAUUAUCAUUGAUCCUAUUACAUUUGUAAUAAUAAGAUCAUAUUAUGCGGGCAAUGUGGUGAAGAGAAUGUAAGAGGAUCCAAAACAAUGUAUUACAAAUAGGCUUUGAAUAGAAAAUGUAAUAUUUAAAGACAUGCUCCGGAACUUUGACGACUAUUAAGUAUUCUUUCAACCUCCCACUUUGGGUUGGAUGUGUCAAUGUGUAGUUCAUACAUGCAUAAUCUAUGAGCAUAAUUACUGUCUUACCUCAAUUAGCCACGAAAUCCCACGUUUGAAAGUGACUAUUUUCUGGAAGCUGUGCGGCGCUAUUUCUCCUACAUUUUCCCCCACGUGGGCCAGCCCCCUAGCAAUUUGAGGUUCAGCCAAUGAGCUUCAGCCAAUGAGCCAUUUGAGUGACAGCUAGCAAGAUGCACACACAGCAGAGCGAGAGAGAGAGAAAUGACGUGGUGCACAUCUGUGACAUAGUAUGCAAUUUCCGGGGACCACUUUUGGCUCGUGAGCAUUACUUUCAGAACUACUGGCUAAAAAGUAUACAAAGUACCGGAGAAUCUCUUUAAGUGAUUUUACUGAUGUUUUUGGGGUGCUUCUCUUUGUGAAGUAAUAAAUGAACAGAUUUCAACUUG